UUGCCUCUGGAGUGGCCCCCGAGGUGGGUACCUCGCACCCCGUCGGACAUGGAGACCGCUAUCCGAUGCACUCUGGUGAGCUGUAGUUGUCAGUGUUUCAAACCUGGGAAAAUAAAUCAGCGACAAUGUGACCAAUGCCGCCAUGGAUGGGUAGCACAUGCCCUGAGCAAAUUAAGGAUUCCCAACCUCUAUCCAUCAAGCCAGGUGGAAAUAGUUCAAUCCAAUGUUGUCUUUGAUAUCAGUAGCCUCAUGCUGUAUGGAACCCAAGCUAUUCCCGUGCGCCUUAAAAUUCUGCUAGAUCGGCUUUUCAGUGUCCUGAAGCAGGAAGAGGUGAUACAGAUUCUCCAUGCUCUGGAUUGGACACUACAGGAUUAUAUACGUGGAUAUGUGCUGCAGGAUGCUUCAGGAAAGGUUCUGGAUCACUGGAGCAUAAUGACCAACGAUGAAGAACUGGCUACUUUGCAGCAAUUUCUUCGUUUUGGAGAAACUAAGUCCAUUGUAGAGUUAAUGGCAAUUCAGGAGAAAGAAGGGCAAUCAAUUAUAAUACCACCACCUACUGCUAAUUUGGAUAUUAGGGCAUUCAUAGAGAGCUGCAAUCAACAUAGCCCUAAUUUUUCAGCUUCCUUGGACAAAAUGAGCCCCACCAACAUUCAUCCCUUUGAGAAUAUUGUGAAUAGCAUGGCUUUCAUGCUGCCAUUCCAGUUUUUCAGUCCAGUGCCUCCACCUUUAAUAGGUUCACCACCAGAAAGACACUUGAUUGAGCAGGGUCAAGACCAUAGCAGUGAAACUAAACAAGAUAUCCACCUACCUUUUACUGAAAGCAGCUUCCUAACUUCUAGUUCUGCGCCAUUUCAAGUUGAAAAUGAGAGGAUCAUAAAUGGUCCAGAUGUCACCACUAAAACAGAAGAUGAUGCCCUUUUAAGCGAUUCGAGUUCACAUAACGCAGCAGCAAAGCUUGAAAUGACAUCACUCUCUCCAGAAACCAAAAUGAAAUCUGUUGAAAAAAAUGGCACUGGGCCGAGAAAAGGGCGUGUUUUCUGCACUGCAUGUGAAAAGACGUUUUAUGACAAGGGUACUUUGAAAAUACACUAUAAUGCUGUUCAUCUGAAGAUAAAGCACAAAUGUACAAUCGAGGGCUGCAAUAUGGUAUUUAGCUCCUUGCGUAGUCGAAAUCGUCAUAGUGCGAAUCCUAACCCCAGACUCCAUAUGCCGAUGAACAGAAACAACAGGGACAAAGAUCUAAGAAACGGUUUGACAAUUGCUGGACCUGGAGAUAGUAAAAGGACAGAAUUUACGAUUCUAGCUCCGGAUAGCAGAACAAUUACCAGUUAUGCCAGCUCUUGUACAGAUGCAAAGGGCCAGGCUGGAUUUCCCAGUAUUGGACAGAAUGGUGUCCUCUUUCCAAAUCUGAAAACAGUACAGCCUGUUCUUCCUUUCUAUCGUAGUCCAGUUACACCAGCUGAGCUGGCUAAUACUCCAGGUACUCUUCCUUCUCUGCCCCUUGUUUCUUCCUCAAUACCUGAGCAGCUUAUUUCAAACGAAUUGCCAUUUGAUGUGCUACCCAAGAAGAAAUCCCGUAAAUCAAGCAUGCCUAUUAAGAUAGAGAAAGAAGUUGUUGAAACGCCUCAUGAAAGUAGUGAUGUUGCCAGUUCUGAAGAUGAUACACGUCUGCAAGUGGUAAGCGAUGGAGAGCUUGAGUCCUGUGAGCAUAAGAUAGAGAAGCAGGUGUCCGGCAGGGUGGAAAAUCACCCCCAUUCAGGUAAUUCAUGGAAAUCUGUCUCUGGGGUGGAGGGCCCAAAGUAUUUUGAAUCUGUCUUUGCGCCAGAUAACCAAUACAUCAAGGAUAUCUCUGAGAAUGAAUUACAUCACUGUGAGAAAGAGGUUAAACCAGAAGAGAAUCAACCAUUAAAAAUAGUUUCCCAUGAGAUUGUAUACGAAGAUCCAAUACACCACCAAAAUGAUGUUAUAAAACCAAUGACUGAAUCCCCCAUAUAUGUUAAAGAGCAGUCAAAACGCAGGAUUUCUAAAGAUGACUGCCCUGAAUUACAACAUCACUUGCUGACCGGGGGCUUUUUCAGCACUUUGUCAAACAGGGGUGCUGCCAUUGCUUGUUUUGAAGACUCUAAAGAUAUGGAUCAUGUCAGCCAACAUGCACUAGGGAUUCAGAAGGAAGAAAGCCGCUUUCAUUGUGACAUCUGUAAGAAGACUUUUAAAAACCCUUACAGUGUAAAAAUGCAUUUUAAAAAUGUACAUCUCAAAGAAAUGCAUAUUUGCACAGUUGAGGGCUGUAACGCUGCUUUCCCUUCUCGUAGAAGUCGAGACAGACAUAGUUCAAACCUAAAUCUUCAUCAUAAGCUUCUGACUAAAGAUACACUGGAAUUCAACAACCAUUUCAAUGCAACAUACCUCUUGAAAGACAUGGCUAAGGAGUUUUGUCAAGAUGUCUCUUUAAAACAGCAUGUUGGACAUACUUCGGUAAUCUUCAAAGGAAUGAACAGAACAGGCAGCUUGGUUUUUCCAGUGAGCAAAAUUAGAGAACCCUGUUCUGAGAGUUACGGAUACGAUCCAUUGAAUGAUGGAGGUGUUCUGGAUCUAAGCACUACUUCCAGCAUUAAAUCUGAGAGCAGUGCUCAUUCUUCUUGGGAUUCUGAUGGAGGAAGCGAAGUGUGCACCAUGCCCUUGGAUGAUAGUGAUGAAAGCUGUGAAGGAUCCAGCCUAAUGCCCAGUGAAGAACUCUACCAAGACUGUAAUUUAAUUGAGAAAGCUGAUCAGAGCUUCAUAAAUUUACCUUCCAGUUUGCCAAUAACUUGUCACAUAUGUCAAAAAACUUACAGUAAUAAGGGAACUUUUAGGGCUCACUACAAAACUGUGCAUCUCCGCCAGCUCCACAAAUGCAAAAUCCCAGGUUGCAACACUAUGUUUUCGUCUGUUCGCAGUCGGAACAGGCACAGUCAAAACCCUAAUCUACACAAAAGUCUGGCUGGGUCACCAACUAGCCUACAGUGACCAUGCUCAUCCAGUUGGUUUUUUUUUUUUUCUUCCAGGAAUUAAUCAUUUCAAUUAAGGAAUGUGUUACCUUCAUUUAAACACAUUUGACUUCCAGUACACUCAACAACCAUGGUCAAAUUCUUUUCUCCUGUGUGUGUGCUCUCCAGCAGUUUCAUUUAGCAAAGCUUGGUGCUGUAGUUCUUGUGCAAUUGUUUGGUUUGAUAUGAAAUAGCUAGAGCUUCUGUAAGGAAGAGAAAGGAGCCUUGAAAUGGAGGAGAUAUGGAGUCAUUAACCAAUAUAUUUCCAAUAUCUGUGAAGUAUUAUUUACCAACAAUAGGGGCUUCAAAUGAGAGCUUUGUGUUUACAUGUAAAAUGGGUUGUUGUGUUGUAUAAGAAAUUGUAACAAUGGUGGUGUUUCCUCUGGUUGGCUUGAGAGUUUUGGGGCUAUUUCAUUCCUGACACCUGGAUCUGAAGCUGUCUUGCAGUAUUAAUUGAAUGUGGCAUUUGCAGUUUACUGUACCUUGAAAUUUAAAGGAGUCCAAAUUUUCUGAAAUCCUGCAGUCCUUACUCUUCAAGUGGGAAUUUCACUUGAAUACA